AUGCUGAGUAAGUAGUAUUGUUUCAGUAUUAUAUCAAACGUUACAAAUAACGUUGGAGAUUAAUCCUUUAAUUUUUAAUGAUAAUUUCAUGGAUUGUUGAUAGUUAUUUGAUUAAAUGUAAUGCGCAGAUGAGAAGAAGCCCAGCGGAAAGAAGACUUUAUUCACAUCACGUUUUGCUACUUAAUUUUAUUUGUGCAACACUUUUAGCCAAUUGUGUGCCUUUAUCUUUAUGAUUGUACUGGGUCUGCCAGAAACAGCCAAUCAGAAUUGGAUUUCUUUGUCUGGGCUUCCAUCUCUGUAGCAGUAAAUAAGAGAUGUAGAGGACGACACUGUUUUGACUUUUUAAGAUAGUUUGAAUAAAUAGUCUUUAAUUUUCAAUUAAACAAUUUUUACAAUUGUAUCUUUUAGAUAAGUUACUAAUUAAAUUUCCUUCUUUUUUUUUUUUUUGUAGAAUCGAUAUACCUGACCAUUCUAUUCCUUUAUGGCGUCAUAGCGCAAAAUUGCGAAGACGAUAGCCAAGGACAAUGUUCUGCUACAACUUCUGCUCCUUUCGAUCAAAACAAGAAUUGGAAUUCAGCUAGUAGCAUUUAUGAUUUCCAUGCUACGGAUAUCCAUGGAAAGGAUGUAGGGCUGGAUAAAUAUCGGGGUCAUGUUUGUAUAAUUGUUAAUGUUGCCAGCAAUUGUGGAUUUACAGAUGUAAAUUAUAAAGAAUUAGUGCAACUGUAUGAAGAGUACAGCGAGAAAGAAGGCCUGAGGAUUUUGGCAUUCCCAUCGAAUCAGUUUGGUGGUCAAGAACCAGGCACCUCGGAGGAGAUCUUAAAUUUUGUCAAGAAAUACAAUGUCACCUUUGAUCUGUUUGAAAAGAUCGAUGUUAAUGGGGAUAAUGCUCACCCAUUAUGGAAAUGGUUGAAGACGCAGGCGGGUGGAUUCAUAACUGAUGACAUCAAAUGGAAUUUUACGAAAUUCAUUAUUAACAAAGAAGGGAAAGUAGUUUCCAGACACGCACCGAGCACGGAUCCUCUUCAAAUGGAGUCAGAAUUGAAGAAAACCUUAAACGGUAUCUUUGACAUUGCUGUUGAUGAUGGCCAUUUCGUGGUCCGUGUUCUUGCUCCUGCCGUUCGACAUGGUAACGGUGUCCUCACAGGUCUGAAAAAUUGUGAAAAUUUUCUUGACUGA